GCUUAAGUAAUAAUGCAUUUGGUUCAAAAAAGAAACAAAAAGAAAUUCCAGAAACUUCAACAGAAGAUAAACAAGAUGAAAAUGUUGUAGAAAACGUUAAAGCUGAUGAAAAACAAAAUGAAAGUCAAGAUAACAAAAAAGAGGAAAGUAAACUUAGUUGGUUUGGAAAAUUUUUCACAAAAAAAGAAAAUGGGAAAGUUGCAAAUUUAGGAGAAGAAAUUUCAUUUUAUUAUGAUCCUGUUCAAAAAAGAUGGGUUAACAAAAAGGGUGGAAUGGAAUCUUCAACUUUAACACCGCCACCACCACCACCACCACCGACUAGAGCAAAAACAACAUCACCAACCCCCUCAGCAUCAAUGGCUGUUUCUAAUAACAACAGCAACAACAACAAAAAUUCUACAUCAUCUGAUAGCUUAAUAGGACCGCCACCAGGUAUUAAUCCUAAAAAUAUAUCAACAACAACAACACCGCCACCGUUAAGUAUAGGAAGCCGUAGAAGUGCAUCUAGCACAAGUAAUCGCCGUCCUGUUCGAGCUAGAUAUGUGGAUAUUAUGAAUCAAAUACCACCUUCAAAUUAA